GCACCUGGCCCAUGCUUCCAAUCAUGAUUGCAACAGAACAGAUAAUUGAGGAGGGAACGGCAGAAGAGUUACAACCCUUCUUGCGCCCAGGGGUUUAAUAACAGCUCCAGAAAAGGCACGGUGGAGGGAAGCUUUCUUGUACCUGGGCUAUAAAGCAAAUGGGGAGAUGGUUCAACCACAAAAGGUGCAGGGCUAAAACAGUACAGCAUGUCUUGAAAUUGGAAGGGGAUCUGCAGAGGAUUCAGAAUAGCAUUGGCAUUAAUAAUGUUAGAACCAUUCUUGCUUUAUUGAGGGAUGCUAAAACAAUAAGCGAGCCUUGCGCACCACCAGAAGAAGCACAAGAAGCCAUCAAGCUGCUAGUGGCAAGCUAGAAAAUAAUACACAUCAGCUUGAACUGUCCCUUCCAGUGAAUUGUUAUAUUAUGGGGAAAGGCAUGGAAUGACAUGGGCCAACAUCUCAAGUGCCAAAGUGGAGCUAGGGAGAUUAAAGUAUUUGGCUGACAUUAUGAUUUUGUUUUUUUUGGUCCAACAGCCCAGGAUGGCACUGGACGCAGUAUCCUGCCAUGUCGAUCCACACCAACAGGCACAGAGUAUCACGGGGGACACGCGUUACCCCCUUUUGAUCUACUUUUUGAUCUGUGGCAUGGCAUGGAAUUCCCUGGAAGCUUGGGUGUGGAUGGAUGGCUGCAGGACCUGGUUAAAUACGGAGCACAUCCAGCGUCGCCAGGAGGUGCACGUGGUGAUGGGCAAUGAGGCCUGCGACCUGGACUCCACCGUGUCUGCCCUGGCCCUGGCCUAUUUCCUGGCAAAGACCUCCGUGCCGCCUAGAGCUGCCUUCAUCCCGGUGCUGAACAUCCCACGCGCCGACUUCGCCCUCCGCACGGAGACGACGUUCCUGCUGCGGGAGCACAGCAUUCCGGACUCCUCGCUCAUCUUCCGCGAUGAGAUCGACCUGGCUGGGCUGCACAGGGCUGGGCUGCUCUCACUGACGUUGGUGGAUCACCACGUCCUGCCCAGCGCCGACGCAGCCCUGGAGGAGGCCGUGGUGGAUGUGCUGGACCACCGGCCGCUGGAGCGGGAGUGGGCACCCAGCUGCCAGCUCACGGUGGAGCUGGUGGGCUCCUGUGCCACGCUGGUGACGGAACGGAUCGCUCAGGGCCCCCCGGGUGUGCUGGACCGGACCACAGCUGCGCUGCUGCAUGGCACCAUCCUGCUGGACAGCGUGAACCUGAGCCCCGCCGCUGGCAAAGUGACGCCCCGCGAUGUGCUCUGCGUCUCCCUGCUCGAGUCGCGCUUCCCAGAGCUGCCGCCCCACGACAGCAUCUACGGAGCACUGCAGGCAGCCAAGUUUGAUAUCUCAGGGCUGACAACGGAGCAGAUGCUGCGGAAGGACCUCAAAACCGUCUCCGGUGAUGAACAAGUCCUCGCCACCAGCGGUAUCUACAUGGACAUAGAGCUCUUCCUGCGCCGCCCUGGUUUGCUGCAGGACCUGGAAACGUUCUGCCAGGCUCGUGGCUACUCCGUGCUGGUGGCCAUGACCGUUUCCUUUAAUGAGUGCUAUGAGCCGAAACGGCAGCUGGCGGUGUACAGCCAGCACGAGGCCCUGCGGAGCACGGUGUGCCGUGCGCUGGAGGAGGCCACAACCCCGGCGCUGCAGCUGCAGGCCCUGCCCAGCCCCUGGCCCUGCAUCAGCGCCUACGCGCAGGGCAACACGUUGGCCUCCAGGAAGAAGGUGCUGCCCAUCCUCCGGGCCGCUCUGGGGGGGACGCCGGGCACCGCGGCGGGGCUGGAGGAGGAGGUGGCACCUCCGCCCACCCCGAUGAACAGCCUGGUGGAAGAGAGCCCGCUGGCACAGGCUGUGCCCCCCGUCUGCCCCCAGGCUGUGCUGGAGCGGGUCAGCCGCAUGGCCGCCGAGGAGCCCCCUUCUGACUCUGACAAGUGAGGGGUCCCUGGUGGUGCGCGGGGUGCUGUGGGGGUCACGUCCCCAGCACGGAGCUGCCGCUUCCUCUGCCUGAGCCUGGCUGGCUGCCGCAGCCCCCUCCUCACUGCCGAUGGCCCCCGGUGCCCCCCUUCCCGCUGGGGUUGGUGCUGUGGGGCCUGCAAGGAGCGGGGCAGCACGCGGCUAAUGAAGGCACUGAGGGGUAUUAAGGAAUUCUUCCCCUCCUGGCUGUUGGGGGGGCUGAAGUGCCGCAUCUGGGCACGCAGCUGGCUGGAGACUGUUAGCCACCAUUUCAGUACUAAAUUUACCUCUUCCCCCCA